AUGGCUCAACACAAGUUCCUCUUGUGUUUGAUUUUGCUUGCAUUGAUCAUUUUCUGCCAAGGGUUGCACUCCAUUGAGGGCAGGUAUCUAAAGUCUGAUCAUGAAAUCAUCAAACAUCAAUACCAAAUGCAUAGUGGCAUUUCAACCACAAAUGUAGCGGCGCUUGUUGCUGACGUGUCUCCACCAACGCCACCCUCCGCGGCGGUUCCAGGUCGUGACAAUGAUAAUUUUAGACCCACCGCACCGGGUCACAGCCCCGGAGUUGGACAUGCCGCUCACAACUAA